AUAAAUAAAUAUCAAACAUACCAAUGAAUUUAAAACAUAUUGUUUCACAUUCCUAAAUAAAUGAAAAUCAAACAUAUCAUAGAAAUUUAAUAAAAUAAAUGGCACCAACUCAAAACACAAUCUGUUCGAAACACGUGGCAGUGAUUGGAGCCGGAGCUGCCGGUCUCGUAACGGCUAGGGAACUUCGUCGUGAAGGUCACACUGUCGUUGUCUUUGACCGGGAAAAACAAGUGGGAGGUCUCUGGAACUACUCAUCUAAAGCUGACUCUGACCCGCUUAGCCUCGACACAACCCGAACCAUAGUCCACACGAGCAUCUACGAGUCUCUCCGAACCAACCUCCCGAGAGAAUGUAUGGGUUUUACGGACUUUCCUUUCGUGCCACGCAUUCAUGACAUCUCGAGAGACUCGAGACGGUAUCCGAGUCACAGAGAAGUUCUUGCGUAUCUUCAAGACUUUGCUAGAGAGUUUAAAAUAGAGGAGAUGGUCCGGUUCGAGACAGAGGUGGUUUGUGUUGAGCCGGUUAACGGGAAAUGGAGUGUCCGGUCCAAGAAUUCCGUUGGUUUCGCCGCCCAUGAAAUCUUUGAUGCCGUCGUUGUUUGUAGUGGUCACUUUACAGAACCUAACGUUGCUCAUAUUCCUGGGAUAAAAUCGUGGCCAGGAAAGCAGAUCCAUAGCCACAACUACAGAGUUCCUGGUCCAUUCAAUAACGAGGUAGUGGUGGUGAUCGGAAAUUAUGCGAGCGGUGCUGAUAUUAGUAGGGAUAUAGCUAAGGUCGCGAAAGAAGUUCACAUUGCCUCUAGAGCGAGUGAAUCUGAUACGUACCAGAAGCUUCCAGUGCCCCAAAACAAUCUAUGGGUUCAUUCCGAGAUAGACUUCGCCCAUCAGGAUGGAUCCAUUCUUUUCAAAAAUGGGAAGGUGGUAUAUGCUGAUACCAUUGUGCAUUGCACUGGGUACAAAUAUUACUUUCCAUUUCUUGAAACCAAUGGCUAUAUAAACAUUAAUGAAAACCGCGUCGAACCUCUAUACAAGCAUGUCUUUCUACCCGCGCUAGCCCCCAGUCUUUCUUUCAUCGGUUUACCUGGAAUGGCCAUACAAUUCGUUAUGUUUGAAAUUCAAAGCAAAUGGGUGGCUGCAGUCUUGUCCGGACGAGUUAUACUUCCCUCGCAAGACAAGAUGAUGGAAGAUAUUAUUGAGUGGUAUGCAACGCUUGAUGUGUUAGGAAUUCCCAAAAGACAUACGCAUAAAUUGGGUAAAAUUUCGUGUGAGUACCUCAACUGGAUCGCGGAAGAAUGUCAUUGUUCGCCAGUUGAAAAUUGGAGAAUUCAAGAAGUUGAGCGUGGAUUCCAGAGAAUGGUCUCCCACCCAGAAAUUUACCGCGAUGAAUGGGAUGAUGAUGAUCUUAUGGAAGAAGCGUACAAGGAUUUUGCUAGGAAGAAGUUAAUUAGUUCUCAUCCUUCUUAUUUCCUCGAAUCAUGAUGAUGAUCUGCGACAAAUAUUGUCCAAAAAUUAAAAAUCGCUUGUUUCGUUCUUUCUUAUAGUCUUAAGUAGCAGCUGGACUUGUUUUUUAAUUUUGUUUGUGUGUUCCAGUAACUUAAAGUUGAUACUCUUAUUUAUGUUCAUUGACGGAUAAAUAUCAUAUCUAUAUACGAUCAGUGAUAUAAUAUUUAUAAGGGAAAAUGUCGAGAAAAACCAGAUGUUCCAAAUUUGGGACGAAGAAAAAUAUGAACUUUUA